AUGGGUAUGGACUUAUCUAGCAACUUCCUUUCACAAGAGAUCCCAAAAGGGCUCACAUCACUUGUUGGACUCAGGUACCUCAACUUGUCAAGAAACCAUCUCUCAGGUGGUAUUCCCAGAGACAUUGGCAAUCUGGCAUUGCUAGAAUCCUUGGACCUUUCGGGAAACCAACUAUCCGGUGAAAUUCCUCCAAGCCUUGCAGAUUUGAAGGCCCUCGGCGCCCUGAACCUCUCAAGCAAUGGUUUAUCGAGGAGGAUACCUACAGGCAGCCAGCUGCAGGCACCCCCAGAUCCUUCAAUAUACAGCAAUAAUCCAGGGUUGUGCGGUUUUCCAUUGCAGGACUGUGUAAACCCGUUUGCAUCAAACCAAAAUCAAAUGAGCCAGGGCAAAGAUAUGGAGACACUCUGGUUGUACUGCUUUGUGGUAGCAGGAGUCAUCUUUGGGUUUUGGCUAUACUGGGGCAUGCUCUUUUGCAACGAGACAUGGAGGUGUGUGUUCUAUCAAUAUGUUGACAACAUGCAAGACAAGGUAAUUACCAAGAAAAUAGCUGCAUAUCGCACCUCCAAGCUAAGGCAUAAAUGA